CAGUCUCCUCCCCUAGGUUAAGGGGCUGGUGUAGUCAGACCAGUUUUCCUCUGAGCUGUGUUAGCUUGUUGACACUGGGUGUGUACUAUACCAGAGUUUGCUUGGAGCUGCUUACAUUAGAAGUCUGUUAACACAUGUGCUUAUUGCUGUUGUGGAAGUAGUACCGUUUUCUGGUUUGCUUUAUCACCAUUUGGACUUGUGAAGGAAUGAUGGAAAGCGUAAACACAGUCCUGAUCAUAGCAGCUGCUCUUCAUGCAGUUUGUGCUGGCACAGAAAAUGCUGCUGACUCUGGAAUUGAUCAGCGCUUUUAUUAUGACUACUAUACACUGAAAGUUGGAGGUUUGAUCAUUGCUGCUGUGCUCUGCGUUUUGGGGAUUGGCAUUCUGAUCAGUGGCAAAUGCAGAUGCAGAUUUAACCAAAAUAAAAGGAGAAGGCCAAAAGAAACUUCUCAAGCACAUCAGAUACUCCCCAACCCAGUGGAUUCUAGCAACUGUUGAGAUGUCGCCUGGGCACAGAAGCAUUUCUUCAAUUCACCAGCUGCCACCUGUUUGGGUGAAGCGAACAAUGUUCUACUGUCAUUUUUUAUAUUUGCGGUUGUUAUGAAAUGGAUGUACUCUCUAUUUUGUUAGUGAAAUAGGUAGUGUGUAUUUGUGUUAUAGGACAUUUUGCUUGCAGUACUACAGUGUUGCUAAUCAAAAAACACAGUAUUUUCCCACUGAAGACUCUUGUUCUGAAUAACUGUCUCCUACAAAGACCAUUGUUUUGUCUUCCUAGUUAUGUAGUUGAAUGUAUUUAAAACACUGUUGGACAGCAGAAUUGUGAUUUCUUUUUUUAACUUUUAAUAAAACAAAGUGAAUGUGUUUUUCUUUUCUUCA